GGGCAAUGCACAGCCAUGGUGGUCUCCUCCCUCUGCAGCCGCCCCGCCGCCCCUCCUUAUCUGGCCCUCCCUUGACAAGCCCCUUCCCUCCCCGUCCGAUCCUCCUGCGUUCGUCAACUUCGCGUUCUCCUCCGCUAAAUCUGAGCUCCCUUCGUCGCCGUCUCCAUGGAAAGUUCUCCCCCGGGCUACCGAAGGAACGUGGGGAUCUGCCUCGUCAAUCCCGAUAACAAGAUCUUUUCGGCUUCAAGGCUCGAUGUCCCCGGCGUUUGGCAGAUGCCUCAGGGUGGUAUAGAAGGAGAAGAAAACGCUAGGAUUGCUGCCUUUAGGGAAUUGAAAGAAGAAACAGGAGUUACAUCUGCAGAUAUCCUUGCUGAGGUUCCCUACUGGUUAACAUAUGAUUUCCCUCUAGAAGCAAAGGCAAAGCUGAACAAACUAUGGGGGACGGAUUGGAAAGGUCAAGCACAAAAGUGGUUUCUAUUUCGAUUCACAGGAGACGAAGAUGAAAUUAGUCUCACUGGGGAUGGAAGUGAGAAGCCAGAAUUCGGAGAAUGGAUGUGGAUGACACCGGAGCAAGUUAUUGAAUGUGCAGUUGAUUUCAAGAAAUCUGUCUACGAGGAGGUUCUAAAGUUCUUUAAACCUCAUUUACGGCCAGAUUCAGCAGAUUCAGAUUCUGAAGAAUAGAUACUCUGAGGACUGAACCGCUCUGUUAGCGGUUAAACAUUGUUGUUGAUAUAAUCAUGUCUAACUGCUUCGAUGAUUCUGAAGACAAACACCUCUCUUACUGAGUUUGAAAUAGAUCGCACGAUAAUGUGAUAGGCAAUCCAUGCAUAGUCGACUGAUGAAUCUUUCUUUAUACACUGACAAUAUCAUGUGUUUGAUAUGUUAUCAGUCAAGUUUAUUACAGUUUGGUGGAUAA